CUCAGGUUUCUGAAGCAUGGAAGGCUGGUGUCUUUUCCUAAGAUUUAAACCUGGGGUUAAUUAUAUGCCCGACAACAGGGUUGAUUCCUGAAAGGAAGACACUGGUUCCUGGACAAAAGAUAAAGCCUUCCCAGACCUUCUCCAGGGUCAGUUCCAAGGGCUUCAUACUUACUGAAGGCUCAAAGGAAACAUUGGAUCUGGGCAAAUGGAUAUAAUGGAUACCAAUGGGGAAGACCAAGAAAUGUGGGCCCAGCUGAUGGCCCCUCCAGCAGCUCAGCUGAUAGAAGCACAGAGAAGAGCAGAAAGGUUUGCUGAAGAAAAACAGGUACAUAAAAGCUGCAAGGAGUUGAUGCAAUGCACAGUCCUCACUAGAAUUAUCUAUGGAAACCAACAUUGGAGGCUAGCAGAAGCUCUUGCCAAUCUCGCUCACAGCUACCUUACCCUACAAAGGCAAGUCUGCAGAAAAACGAAUUAGAUUUGGCAUCCAAGUAUUUUGAGAAGGCCGUUGAUGAUCUCGUUUCAGCCGAAGGAGAUGCGGCUCCAGAACUGAUACCUCUUUAUCAAGAAAUAGCCAAAAUCAAACGAAUGAAAAAAAUGUAUGAAAAAAGUAUUUCAUAUGCAUUACAGGCUCAUUCUGUGUCAUUAGCUCUCUACCAGAAAUCCAGCACUGAAGUUGGAUCCACAGCAUUAUUCCUGGGAAAGGCUUAUGCUGCUACAGGAGAAGAGAAUCACACUGAGGCUGCUGAAAGGUAUUUCACCGAGAGCUUGGCAGCCUACAAUGAAGCAUUAGGAAUGGACCAUCCUCAGACAAUCAGGGCCCUUGAAGUUUUCAGCAAGUGGCUUGGACUUGCUGGAAAAAGAAAGCAAGCCUAUGAAUUACUCAAAGGGUCCUUUAAAACUCAACAAAAUCCCUGCAAUGAUUUUAAUAAGCAGGCCGUUGAACGAUUAUAUCUCAUGGGCUGCAUUUGCCUAGCAGAGGAGAAAAUAGGGGAGGCCUAUCAACUGCUCAGUAAGUGUGUGCAGAUUCAGACUGCUAUUUAUGGGUCCCACCACAAGAAAACGAAAAAGAUACAAGAGCUAGUAGAUAUGAUGAAUAGGCUUCCAACUGAACAGAAAUCAACCAAGUGUCUAAAACAGGAUAAAAAGGCAACAUUAAUUUUCUCCAUCCCAGAUCUUUAGGCAACACAGGACUGGAAUAGGAGACCAGGAAUAUUCAAGAGGAAUUGGCAUUUAAAUUCUUGAUUAAAUUUCUGCAACACAC